AUGACUGCCUACCGGCGGAUGCUUUCCGAUGAGGACCAUUCGAAUUAUGACAAGGAGGGCCGCGCCACUCCUCCUCCCUCUCCUCCUCCUUCUCCCUCUGCACCUCCUCUGCACGUCGACAAUCAUCAUGGCCGCCACCUAGUCAGUUUCCUUUUAAUCCCCGCCGCCAUCGCAACUGCCGCCUUACUCCUCUCCCUUACCUACUACGCCGUCCUCCGUCGCCGCCGCCGCCCCGUCCGCUCCGCUUCCUUUGUUGACCCGAAUCCCGAUGGAAACGACGAUGACACGCCCCUUGACGACGGGGAGCCGUUCCACCACGUGUGGUACAUCCGGACCGUCGGCCUUGACGAGGCCACCAUCGGAUCCAUCGCCGUGGCGGAGUAUCGGGCCGGCGACGGCCUCCUCGACGGCUCCUCCAAUUGUUCCGUGUGCCUCGGCGAGUUUCGCGACGGGGAGCUUGUCCGUCUGCUCCCUAAAUGCGGGCACGCGUUCCAUGUUCCCUGCAUCGACACUUGGCUUGGCGCCCACGUCAAUUGCCCCAUCUGCCGGGCUCACAUCGUGGACCCUAACGGCGAACUCUCGCACCCCGCCGCUGCCCCCGCCCCUUCUGUCACUGCCUCCGCUGGUUCAGUGGACUUCGAUUCUGUCUUCGCUGCUCCUGCGGAGGACCCACAUAUAGGAAUUCAACCACCGGAGGAGCAGCAGAACGGAGAAACAUCGGAGAGCAUGAUCGCAAUUGGGAUUCCGAUCAACACAUCGGAAGCGUUCCAUCCGACGCCUGGGAGUUCUGCGUCACUAGCGCAAGACGAUAAGCGGGAUUUCGGAUUGCAUCAGGUUCGGCGAUCAGUUUCGAUGGACACUCCACUGAUGAAUUCUAUCAUUGUGAGAGUCAAGCCAGAAGAAAGCAUGAUUGAUGAGGAAGGGAAAGAUGAGACCUCUGAGGAAGACACUGUCCAAAACAAUGGGGUAAAGCAGGGAAGUUCCUCCAAAGGGAUCGUUGUUCGGAAGGAACAUUCAGAUAUAGAAAGAUCGUUAUCAAGCAGUGGAAGGGGGUUCUUCUUCUCUAGACAUGGGGUUGCCAGAAUCCAUAGCAUGCCUAUGUAA